GCGGGCGAUGCCGGGGCCCGGGACCGGCGCGGACGAGGGCGCCGGGCCGGGGCGGGAGCCGGCGCGGCUGUGCGGCUACCUGCAGAAGCUGUCGGGCAAGGGCCCGCUGCGCGGCUACCGCAGCCGCUGGUUCGUGUUCGACGCGCGCCGCUGCUACCUCUACUACUUCAAGAGCCCGCAGGACGCGCUGCCGCUCGGCCACCUGGACAUCGCCGACGCCUGCUUCAGCUACCAGGGCCCCGACGAGGCGGCCGAGCCCGGCGCCGAGCCGCCCGCGCACUUCCAGGUGCACAGCGCGGGCGCUGUCACGGUCCUCAAGGCCCCGAAUCGUCAGCUCAUGACUUACUGGUUACAGGAGCUUCAGCAGAAGAGAUGGGAAUACUGCAACGGUCUGGACAUGGUCAAGUGGGACGGCAGGAUCUCCCCAACACCUGGGGACUUUGCUAAGGGCCUCGUGGCCAGAGAUACCACAGAUUUCAUUUAUCCACACCCAAAUGCUUCUGCAGAAAAAGCCAGAAACGUCCUAGCUGUGGAAACAGCCCCCGGAGAGCUGGUGGGAGAGCAAGCUGCAAGUCACCCGGCCCCAGGGGCCCCGAAUUCCAUCAAUUUCUCUCUGAAGCAGUGGGGCACUGAGCUCAACCUGGAAGCCAAGCUCUGCCAGAUAGAAAGUAAAUACUUGAUCUUGCUGCAAGAAAUGAAGACCCCAGUGUGCUCAGAAGAACAGGGGCCUGCCCGCGAUGUCAUAGCCCAGCUGCUGGAGGACGCUCUGCGGGUGGAGGGCUCGGAGCAGCCGGAGCAGGCGCUCGUGAAACCUCACCUUGUCAGGGUGAGAUGCUGGUGUGUCUUAUUAGAGUUUCCAAAAAGGGGAUUUCGCCUGCACUUAAAAAACAAGUUUUGUUUUUACGUAGGAGCAACCGGCUCAGGAUUUCCCUUUGAUUUUGGACGCGCUCCUUACAAAGGAAAGCGCCCUUUGAAAGACAUGAUUGGAUCGUACAAAAAUCGUCACAGCAGUGGUGACCCUUCAACCGAGGGGACAUGGGGCAGCGGCGGCGCCAGCAAGCUGGCCUCUGAAAUGCAGCUGCAGGUCCAGAGUCAGCAGGAGGAGCUGGAGCAGUUAAAGAAAGACCUGUCCAGUCAGAAGGAGCUUGUGCGGCUGCUGCAGCAGACGGUGCGGUCGUCCCAGUAUGACAAGUAUUUCACAAGCAGCCGGCUCUGCGAGGGGCUCCCCGAGGACAGGCUUGAGCUCCUCCACCAGAAAGAUGACCAGAUCCUGGGCCUCGCCAGCCAGCUCGAGAGGUUCAACCUGGAGAAGGAGAGCCUUCAGCAGGAAGUGAGGAUGCUGAAGAGCAAAGUGGGCGAGCUCAACGAGCAGCUGGGCAUGCUGAUGGAGACCAUCCAGGCCAAGGACGAGGUCAUCAUUAAGCUGUCCCGGCAGCUCAGCCAGUGUGAGGGUGACGCGGCCUCUCCCACCCAGGUGCCCAGCUCACCCACGGCUGCGCCCGCCGCCAGGGACCAGCUGGAGCUGGACAGGCUGAAGGAUAAUCUACAGGGUUAUAAAACGCAGAAUAAAUUUCUAAAUAAGGAAAUUUUGGAACUCUCAGCUCUACGGAGAAAUGCAGAAAGGAGAGAGAGGGAUCUGAUGGCCAAGGUGGGUCAGGAUGGGUAUAUUCUGUUAUCUGGUGGGAGGCAUGAUUCAGGACCCGAGUAUGACAUUUACGGGUUUAGGACCGUCCCAGAGGAUGACGAGGAAGAGAGGUUGGUGGCCAAGGUCCGGGCGUUGGACCUGAAGACCCUCUACCUCACAGAGAACCAGGAGGUCUCCACUGGGGUCAAGUGGGAAAACUACUUUGCGAGCACGAUGAACCGUGAGAUGAUGUGCUCCCCGGAGCUGAAGAACCUGAUCCGGGCGGGCAUCCCACACGAGCACCGCUCCAAGGUGUGGAAGUGGUGCGUGGACUUGCACACCAGGAAGUUCCGGGACGGCACCGAGUCCGGCUACUUCCAGACCCUGCUCCAGAAGGCACUGGAGAAGCAGAACCCGGCCUCGAAGCAGAUCGAGCUGGACCUGCUGCGGACGCUGCCCAACAACAAGCAUUACUCCUGCCCCACCUCGGAAGGCAUCCAGAAGCUACGCAACGUCCUGCUCGCCUUCUCCUGGCGGAACCCAGACAUUGGCUACUGCCAGGGUCUCAACAGGCUGGUGGCGGUGGCCCUCCUGUACCUGGAACAGGAAGACGCCUUCUGGUGCCUAGUUACCAUCGUGGAAGUCUUCAUGCCUCGAGACUAUUACACAAAGACUCUUCUAGGAUCCCAGGUGGACCAGCGAGUGUUCAGGGACCUCAUGAGUGAGAAGCUGCCACGACUACACGCCCACCUGGAACAGUACAACGUGGACUACACCCUCAUCACAUUCAACUGGUUCCUGGUGGUGUUUGUGGACAGCGUCGUCAGUGAUAUCCUCUUUAAAAUAUGGGACUCUUUCCUGUAUGAGGGACCAAAGGUCAUUUUCCGUUUUGCCCUGGCACUUUUUAAAUACAAGGAAGAGGAGAUCCUGAGAUUGCAGGAUUCGAUGUCCAUAUUCAAGUACCUCCGAUACUUCUCUCGCACGAUCCUGGAUGCCCGGAAGCUGAUCAGCAUCUCCUUCGGGGACCUGAACCCAUUCCCCCUGCGUCAGAUCCGGAACCGGCGUGCCUGCCACUUGGAGAAGGUCCGGCUGGAGCUGUCGGAGCUGGAGGCCAUCCGCGAGGACUUCCUGCGUGAGCGGGACACCAGUCCUGACAAGGGCGCGCUGGUCAGCGACGAAGAGGACACUUGAGUGGCCCCCGCCCCGUGACGCUGGUCUUCUUGCCUGCCAACCAAAGCGUGCCAAAGGGUGAACCGCAGGGACGUUGGUGUCAUCAAACCAAGAAUGUAACCCACGUGGCCUCCGCAAUCUGCUGGGCAGCUGUCCAGAGCCACGCUGCCCUUUCCCAGUUCCACUCGGGUGGGGUCUCACCUGUUUACAGCAUCUUCCUGCCGUGCAUUUGGCCACACGUGUCCUGUCACAUGUUUGAUUGAUCGGUACACGGCCAGGCUUACCAGUCGGCUACUCCCAAGAGCCCGUUGACAGUGUCCGUCAGCCGUGGCGGUGUCUUGGCCCUGAGAAAACUGCACACGGGCCGCCUCCGCAGCGUCUUCUGACCUUUCUCAGCCAGAGUGUGCUGCCCCGGUGGCAGAAGGUAUCAGAUGUUUUCCAUGCCGCGUGAGCAGCUGUUAGAGGCCCAGCCUCUUUCUUCAGGAAGUUGCCUGUGGGUCCUACGAGGAGAGCUGUGUGGCCUCACUGCUCUAAGGAGCCCCCGACCCCCGCAGGACAAUGGGGCUGCUGGAGACGCUGCCCCCAGCCAGCUCCCACGGGACUGUCAGCCUGGGGGUGCAGUGGGAAUGGGGUCGGGGAUCCAGGCGCCCUGGCUUCCCUCAGACUUCAGUUUCCCAGUUGAUUUAGCCAUGGAACUUCCGUCCUGGGGCUAAAACAAGGCCUUUAGGAACAGGCUUGUUUUGCCUGUUUUUCCCACCUUAAAAGCACCUGAAUUGGACCCUGGUGCCCCAAGUGGCCGGGCAGUGGGCGUGACAGCAGAACUGGUGGAGGAAGUGGACUGGGAACAGCUUUUGGGGUCCCCUCUGCGGGAUAAAGCACCGGGCGUCCAGAGGGCGGGGAUGGGUGCUGGCCUGAUUCCAGAAGGGAUGUGACGGGCCGUCUCCCCUCCUGGACUGUAUGGUUCAGUCCCACUCUUUUGAGCCAACACUCCUUUCUUGUGCCCAACACCCAGGCUGGCAGCUUUGGGCCAGCCUGCCCACACGCACACGCACCCGCCAUGCCCCCCGGGAGCCCCCAGCGUCACACAGGUGGGAGCUGCCAGCUUUACGUUGGUGGGUUUUUAUUUUGUUUUUUUGUGGGUUGAGCAUCUGUUAAUACUUUUGUAUAGUUCACUACAGUUUAUAUUUUUAUAGGCUAUUUUUAUCAAGGUUUUUCUAGGUCACGAACAUCCAUUUUAUAUGACAAGUUCUUGUGUGCACGGCUCCCUUGUGUGUGUGUGUGUGUGUAAACCUGGACCUCCCCAGUCGCUUGUAGUCAUGCUGACCGACCGCUGUUCAGCAGCCGCUGACACCGUGCUCACUGCGGACGAUUCUGGUUUCAGCUCCAUUAUAUAGGAAUAUCUUAGGCAAAUAGCCACUCCUCUUUCUUUUUUAACUAAAUGUUUGUAUUAUUGCAUGGCUCCCUCCCCCUCAUGUGUGCUCGUGUUCUGGGCAGCUGGGCCUGCUGGGGGCCGUCCUUGCCGGCCGGCCAGCCAGAGGUUAGAUGCCUGUCCUGGAGGACUGGGGUGGGGGACUGCCAAGUGACGCUUGCCUUUUAUGUCACAGCAGCUUCCAUGCUUAUCUUCAAGUUAAAUUUGGGGAUUAUCAUAUUAAAAGAUGAAAUAAACUACUAAUUUGUAUAAUG